UUGCACCCCCAACGGUUACCGCCGUGCCCAAGAUCUUUGCCUGGCUUCGUAAUUCCCUCACAUUCACCUUCUCAAGCCUGCAGUAAAAUGAGAGUUUUUUAAACCUUAACCGGUGGGAUUAUUUUCAAAUUAUUACAGCGGUAAAUAAUGUGACCUGAAGAUCCAUGCUAGCAGGAAGGUGAUGGCGGGUAAAACAUUGCUUAAUGCCGUGGUAAAUGUUGCUGUUGUGUAUUUCAUCCCUAUGUAGUACAAGUUCUGAUCAAUCACCGGCCUGUCCACAAUAUAUGAGACUUAACCUACCUUUCGAAGAACAAGGCGAGCGGGGCGAAGAACACUGCAGCAGUGGCAUUCCGGUAGACCGCGAAAGUGUAAUGGCUCAUGCCGCCGUUAAGAGCCGACUUGGCGAUUAUGGCCAAACCAGCAUACCCAAAUUGCAACAAGAUGACCCCAAAAUAUGGCUUAGAUUUCUUCAAUAGUCUAGUUAACCUCCCAUUUGCCACCAUUAUUGUAUUAUUUGUUAUAUAUAUAGCCUUUGCUUCUUGGCUUGGUGAAGAUCAUUUACUAAUUACCAUAUACCAUCUAGUGUAAAAUAUUAAGGGCUCAUUCUCUUAGCCCU